GCUUAUUAAAUUAUCAAUGGAUACCUUAAACCCAUAUCUUCUUCCUCUCCUUCUUCUUCCUCUCUCUAUAUACCUCAUCUUUUCCAUUCGAAAAAGGGCCUCCGGGAACCUGAAAAACCCUCCUCCUGGCUCCAUGGGUUGGCCGUUUCUCGGAGAAAACAUGGAGCUCGACCGUCUAGGCUCAGAGAAGCUAGUGAAGGAGAGAAUGCAGAAAUACUCUCGAGAUGCAUUCAAAACCUCGUUGUUUGGAGAGAAAAUAGCGGUGCUAUGCGGCGCACAAGGCAACAAGUUCAUCUUCAAGAACCAAAACGAACUCUUCGCCCGGUGGUCGCUUCCUUCAUUGGCAAAGGCUAUAUACCCAGAUCUCGAAAGAACCAGGUGUCAAGAACCAAAGGCCUCCUUCGACAACUUCCAAUACGACAUCCUCAAACCGGACGCCUUGAAGAAGUACGUGCCAGUGAUGGACUCGUUAGCUCGUGAGCAUCUUGAAACCGAAUGGAGAGGUAGCUCAGUGGUGGAGGCUCUUCCAUCGACAAAGAAGUACGCCCUCUCGUUGGCGUGCAUGAUAUUUAUGAACCGGGGGGAUUUGGAUCACUCGGGCGAUUUCUUGAAAUCCUUAUCUCUUCUGACUAAAGGGAUCUUGUCUUUGCCGGUAAACUUGCCUGGGACGACUCUAAACCGCGCUGUGGGAGGAGGGAGAGUGGUGCGCCGCGAGCUGCUGAGGAUCGUGCAGGAGAGGAGGGCGGCCGAGAGCGAGGGAGAGGACCUUCUGUCCAAGAUGGUGGUGGCAACUAAUCAAGAUGGGGAAUAUAUGAGUGAUAGCACGAUUGUUAAUGUCUUUAUUGGUUUGCUUAUUGGCGCCGAGUAUGAACUUUCUUCAUUGAUCACUAAUGUCAUUUAUUAUCUUGCCGAGCUUCCCCACAUUUAUCAUCAGGUUUUCGAAGAGCAAAUGGAGAUUGCAAAAUCGAAAGGCCCUAAUGAGUUGCUGGCGAUGGAGGAUUUGGAGAAGAUGAAGUACACGUGGAACGUCGUGCGCGAAUGCAUGAGGCUAACUCCCCCUUCCAUAGGAGGUAUUAGUGAGAGCAUUGCUGAAUUCACCUAUGCAGGUUUCACCAUUCCUAAAGGAUGGAAGGUAUUGUGGACGCCUCAUUCAUCCCACAUGAACUCCAACUACUUCCCGGAGCCGGAGAAGUUUGAUCCGUUGCGGUUUGAGGGGAGUGGUCCGGAACCUUACACCUACGUUCCAUUUGGAGGAGGACCGCGUAUGUGCCCCGGGAGAAACUAUGUUAGGCUUGUAGUAUUGGUGUUCACCCACAAUUUGGUGAAACGGUUUAGACUUGAAAAGGUCAUUCCAAAUGAGAAGAUGGUAUUCAGCGUUUCGCCUGCACCGGCUUCCGGCCUUCCCCUUCGCGUCCAUCCUCAUUAAAAACAGAUCAAUCGAUCUCAUCUCGGUCAAUUGUCUUGAGUUACUAUAGCUUGAUUGUUGUGUUUAAGGCCUAUAUUUGGCUCGUUUUAAAUGUCAAUCAUGCAAAUUGUGUUCUUAAAUUGCAUAAUUUAUUCUCCGUCUGUACCAACUAAGAUGACACACUUUCAUUUUUAAUUUGUCCCAAAUAAAAUGACA